GUUUCGUAGUUUCGAGAACAAACUAGACUCCCCUCACCACACAGACAAAUAUCUACCACAGCACGGUUCACGACCACAGAGUGCAUGAGUAACUAAGCAUUGGUGAUGGUGAUUGUGCAGCAAAUUACAUUCAUAUUUCAUACAUUGUUUAGUGGUUGUUUCUAGAAUUUAGUCAAUUUAUAUUGAUUUUUGUGAUAAUAGUGGUAUUCUUACUAUAUUAAAUUACUUACAAGAUUUUUGUAAGAAAUCAAGAUGGUGAAAGAAACCACUUAUUAUGAUAUUCUGGGUGUCAAGCCCAACUGUACAACAGAUGAACUGAAGAAAGCAUAUAGAAAGCUUGCAUUAAAAUACCAUCCUGACAAGAACCCCAAUGAGGGUGAGAGGUUCAAACAGAUCUCACAAGCAUAUGAAGUACUUUCAAAUCCAGACAAGAGAAGAAUCUAUGACCAAGGUGGGGAACAAGCGCUGAAGGAGGGUGGCGCGGGCGGCAGUGGGUUCUCAUCACCCAUGGACCUGUUCGACAUGUUCUUCGGCGGCGGCUUCAGCGGCGGGCGGCGGCGCGGGCGUGAGCGCAAGGGCAAGGACGUCAUCCACCAGCUGUCCGUCACGCUGGAGGAGCUCUACAAGGGCGCCGUGCGCAAGCUGGCGCUGCAGAAGAACAUCAUCUGUGAGAAGUGCGAAGGCAGGGGUGGAAAGAAGGGUGCAGUGCAAGUGUGCCCCACGUGCCGCGGCACAGGCAUGCAGGUGCAGAUCCAGCAGCUGGGCCCCGGCAUGAUCCAGCAGAUCCAGACCGUGUGCAGCGAGUGCCGCGGCCAGAGGGAGAUCAUCGACCCUAAGGACCGCUGCAAAGUGUGCCAAGGACGAAAAACAGUGCGCGACCGUAAGAUCCUCGAGGUUCAUGUGGAUAAAGGCAUGACAGACGGACAGAAAAUAGUGUUUAGCGGCGAGGGUGACCAAGAGCCCGAAUUGGAGGCUGGGGAUCUUAUUAUUGUUUUAGACGAGAAGGAACAUGAGAUAUUCAAAAGAUCUGGUAAUGACCUUGUAAUCAGACUUAAUAUUGAACUGGUGGAGUCGCUGUGCGGCUUCCAGAAGGUGAUCCGAACCCUGGACGACCGGGACAUCGUGAUCACGGUCAUGCCCGGAGAGGUCACCAAGCAUGGGGAAGUCAAGUGCGUCUUGAACGAAGGAAUGCCUAUGUAUAAGAAUCCAUUUGAGAAAGGACAACUCAUCAUACAGUUCAUAGUCAAUUUCCCUAAUUCUAUUCCGCCUGAAGUCAUUCCUGCAUUGGAGAACUGCCUGCCACCUAGACCCAUGGUGGAGAUCCCCGAGCUGGCGGAGGAGUGCCACCUGAUCGAGCUGGACCCGGAGCAGGAGGCGCGGCGUCGGCGCCAGCACGGCGCCAGCGCCUACGACGAGGACGACGACCACCCCGGCGUCAACCGCGUGCAGUGCGCCACCGGCUAGGCGCCACGCUCAACCGACAUGCGUGUAGUGACGAGCUUGGCCGCGUUUCCCUCGACUCUAAGGCUGAGAUCUAUAGAGCACACUCUGACUAUGCUCAAACUUAAGACACUGUCAAAACGAGACAGCGAUACUGCUACCAUAAAUCUAUCUCCUUUUAACUGAAAAUUAAGUCUAAGCAAAGUCAAAGUGUGUUCUAUAGAUUUCAACCUAAAGCCGAGGUCGCACUGGCAAAGGGACAACGACCCGACAGCGAUCCCCGCUAAAACAAACUCCUAUAAACUUAUUGGAGUGGCCACAUCAACCUAAACGACGAGGAUGUGGCCACCUCCAUAAUGUUUCUAGAAGUCUGUUUUAGCGGGACCGUCGUCGUCUUGCCAGUGCGGCUUCGGUUCUUAUGGUAAGCCACACUGCGAAAUUUCACCGCGCGAUAUUUCUCGUAGAAUCCUGUGACAUAGAAAUUAGACGAAGCC